AUGGCGGCGCCCGCGCUGAGGAGCUUCGCUGAGCAAAGUCACACUGGAGAUAGGCCUUAUGAGCGCAGUGAAUGUGGGAAAACUUUUACCAGUAGCAGUGCCCUCCAUUAUGAUCAGAGAGUUCACACAGUGGAAAGGCCUUAUGAGUACAAUGAGUGUGGAAAAUCCUUUACCAAUAGCAGUAACCUUCAUUGUCUUCGUAGGGUUCACAAUGGAGAAAAGCUUUAUAAAUGUAGUGAAUGUGGGAAAGCUUACAGCAGUAGCACUAAACUUCGUCGUCAUCAGAGAGUGCACACUGGAGAAAGGCCUUAUCACUGCAGUGAAUGUGGUAAAUCUUUUAUCACUAGCACUGAACUUCAUUGUCAUCAGCGAGUUCACACUGGAGAAAGGCCCUAUGAGUGCAGUGACUGUGGAAAAUCUUUUACAACUAAGUCUCAACUUCAUAAUCACCAGAGGGUUCAUACAGGGGAAAAGCCUUAUACAUGCAGUUACUGUGGGAAAUCUUUUACUUGGAGCACUGCCCUUCGUUGUCAUCGGAGAGUUCACAAAGGAGAGAAGCCUUAUGAAUGCAGUUACUGUGGGAAAUCUUUUACCUGGAGGACUGCCCUUCGUUGUCAUCAAAGAGUUCAUACAGGAGAAAAGCCUUAUAAAUGCAGUGAAUGUGGAAAGUCUUUUUCAAGUAGCAUUGGUCUCCAAUAUCAUCAGAGAGUUCACACAGGAGAAAAGCCUUAUAAAUGCAGUGAAUGUGGGAAAUCUUUUACCACUAACACCCACCUUCAUAGUCAUCAGAGAGUUCACACUGGAGAAAAGCCUUAUCAAUGCAGUGAAUGUGGGAAAUCUUUUACCACUAACACCCACCUUCGUAGUCAUCAGAAAGUUCACACUGGAGAAAAGGCUUAUAAAUGCAGUGAAUGUGGGAAAUCUUUUACCACUAACACCUACCUUCGUAGUCAUCAGAGAGUUCAUACAGGAGAAAAGCCUUAUCAAUGCAGUGACUGUGGGAAAUCUUUUACCUGGAGGACAGCCCUUCGUUGUCAUCAAAGAGUUCAUACAGGAGAAAAGCCUUAUAAAUGCAGUGAAUGUGGAAAGUCUUUUUCAAGUAGCAUUGGUCUCCAAUAUCAUCAGAGAGUUCACACAGGAGAAAAGCCUUAUAAAUGCAGUGAAUGUGGGAAAACUUUUACCACUAACACCCACCUUCGUAAUCAUCAGAGAGUUCACACUGGAGAAAAACCUUAUAAAUGCAAUGAAUGUGGGAAAUCUUUUACCACAAACACCCACCUUCGUAGUCAUCAGAAAGUUCACACUGGAGAAAAGGCUUAUCAAUGCACUGAAUGUGGGAAAUCUUUUACAACUAACACCUACCUUCGUAGUCAUCAGAGUGUUCAUACAGGAGAAACGCCUUAUCAAUGCAGUGAAUGUGGGAAAUCUUUUACCACUAACACCCACCUUCGUAGUCAUCAGAAAGUUCACACUGGAGAAAAGGCUUAUCAAUGCACUGAAUGUGGGAAAUCUUUUACAACUAACACCUACCUUCGUAGUCAUCAGAGUGUUCAUACAGGAGAAACGCCUUAUCAAUGCAGUGAAUGUGGGAAAUCUUUUACCACUAACACCCACCUUCGUAGUCAUCAGAGAGUUCACACUGGAGAAAAGCCUUAUAAAUGCAGUGAAUGUGGGCUAUCUUUUACAACUAACACCUACCUUCGUAGUCAUCAGAGAGUUCAUACAGGAGAAAAGCCUUAUCAAUGCAGUGAAUGUGGGAAAUCUUUUACCUGGAGCACUGCCCUUCGUUGUCAUCAGAGAGUUCAUACAGGAGAAAAUCCUUAUAAAUGCAGUGACUGUGGAAAGUCUUUUACACGUAGCAGUGGUCUCCAAUGUCAUCAAAGCAUUCACAGUGGAGAAAAGCCUUAUAAAUGCAGUGAAUGUGGGAAAUCUUUUUCGAGGAGCAAAGGUCUUCAAUAUCAUCAGAGGUCACACUGGAGAAAGCCGUUAUGAGCGUAAUUAUUGUGAGAUAUCUCUCAGAAAAAUUUGUAAAUCUGCUGUGUACA